GGCUGUUACCAAACAAAUUAAAUCAGUAUCAACAAAAUUCAUCUUUGCAAUGCAGAAGAAACAGAAGCUGCAUCUGGAGUGGAAUAGAUAUAUUUACCCACUGUUAAUGCAGCUCUGAGGGACAUGGAAUGCUUUAACCUGCAGUUACAAAUGAAUAAAUAAUGUUUUGAUACAUAAAAUGUUGAAUACUGAUAUUUGAAAUUAUAAAAAAAAAAAAAAAAAAUGCUGUAAAUGUUAAAUUAAAACCACCAGUAGGUGGCAUCAAGUCACUGUUAAUAAGUGAGUCAUUGCGACUGAACCGAAUCAUUUAAACGGUUGAUUCAUUCAGGCACGAAACACCGUCAUGUUCCUCAGAGACGCAAAACAGCGCUGUGGCUGUGUUUGGAGUUAUUUUUGUUGGUGAAUAGAGCAAAAACAGGCAAUAUGGUGUUUAAAACGUGAACAGUAUAGUCUGGAGUGUCUCAGUAAUUAUUUAUCCAAUAUCACCUGCUCUCUGAACAUCUCGGCUGAGUCUCUGGGCAAUGAAUCAUCCUACUGGCUGCAUUUCAGCAAUUAUGACGAACACCAUGACUGCACACUGAAGAUGGGAGAACAGUCAUUAGUGUGCGAGUUGGAUUUAUCACCGCAUGUGAUUUUUACCGAUGUGGACAGCUACAGGAUCUCCCUCUAUUCCGGUUACCAUGGCAACAACAUCUCCGUCCUACUAGAUGCUGACUUCAUGCCUAGUAAACACAUUCGUCCGGUCCCUCCAACUGACCUGUCACUGCUCUGGGAGAAAGACAGGGCUCUUUUCCAGUGGCAGAGCGGAUAUGAUGCAGAGAGUUUCCUCAUAUUACAGUACCAGCUCAGCAUUUACAGUCAACACAAGCUAUAUGAGGUUGAAGCUGUUGACCAGAAGGUGUAUGUGGAUGAGUCUAGAUUUGAGCCUCACACAAAUUACACAGUGCGUGUGAGAUCACAGCCAGAUCAAUUGGAUUACAAAGGCGUGUGGAGUCUGUGGGCCCCUGUGUUACACUGGAGGUCAGGGGACAUUCAUAAAGAGACUCCAGGAGGAUCUUUCCAUAUUGCCUGGUAUCUACUGCCAUUGACGCUGGUCCUUCUGUCCUGUAUCCCAUACUCUAGAUGGAGGAAGAAUGAUUAUAUACCAUCACCAGCCCCGUAUUUCAGAGACUGGGAUGUCAAUGUUCAGGUCCGUUCAAUGCUGUCAGGUAAGAUGAGCGAUAUAAUGCAGGGGGAGGAGUCUCUCCAGAUUGACAUUCUGACAGAGAGCACAGACACGCCCCCUCAACCCACCAGCUUAGACUAUGAGAAUAUGGGAGAGAUCGAGGAGCAUGAGUGUCCCAGCAUGCAGCAGUCUCCUGUGGGUUCAGAGGUCGACUCAGGCUGUUGGAUUCGCGAUUUUGUCACAACUGAGAGAGGAAGCAUCACAUGCAGUGAGGACUACUGCACACUCUCCAAUUCACACACUUAUGCAGUCUAACAUGUGCAUGCAAGCUCCUGUUCAAAAGUUUGGGGUCAAUAAGAUUUCUGUUGUUUUUUUUUUUAAAGAAAUUGGCUUUAUUCAGCAAGGACACUAACAUUAAAUGAAUCAGAAGUGACAUUACAGAUAUGUAUGUUAACAUAUUUCAAAUUAACUGCCUAUUCAAUAAAGUCUGAAAAAAUAUGUAGCAGCACAACUGUUUUCAGCAGUGAUAAUAGUAAGAAAUGUUUCUUGAGCAGCAAAUCAGCAUAUCAGAAUGACUUCUGAAGGAUCAUGUGACACUGAAGACUGCAGUAAUGAUGCUGAAAAUUCAGCUUUGCAUCACAGGAAUAAAUUAUAUUUUAAAAUAUAUUAAAAUAGAAAAGCGAUUUUAAUUUGUAAUAAUCUCUCACAACAUUAAAUGCAGCCUUGGUGAGCGUAAAAGUCUCAAAAACAUUUAAAAUCUUACCAACCCCCUUUUGAGCGGUAGUGUAUAUAUGGCACAAGUUUGGAAACGAGGCUAAAUUUGAACGAUAACGAAUGUAUUUUCAUUUUUACAUAUUACGUAAUGAGCUAAUAUAAUACAUGUGCUUUUGCUCUUUGCACAAAAGCAUAAACAUAAAUGUAUCCACAUGCUUUAUCUGCUAUUUGCUUUAAUAAGCAAAUCCUGCUAAAUAGCUGAAUCAUAGUAGUUUAUUUAACACAAAUAAAGCAAUCAAGUAAAGAGUAUACAAUCAGACAUUUGAAAAGACAAAAUUGAGGCAUUUUAAAGUGAAAAAUAAGUAAAAACUACAAACAAAAAUGUAUUUUUUAUGUACUACUUAGCAUAUUUUUUUUAUGCUGUACUUUUUUUAAUUAUAUUUUUAUAUUUAAAGCUGUUCUACAAUGCUGUCAGUUCAAUGCUAUAGUUUUUUUGUAAAUAUGAAUGUUUAAAUAUCAUUAAAGCUAUAUAAAUAAAAAUGGAAUAUGUAUGAUCUUUGAUAUGUCAACUUUGGCCAUC